AUGAGGUCGGCAACCGCACGGGCCGCGUGGGUCGCGGCGCACCUGGUGGUCGCGCUGCACCUGGUGGCCGCGCUAGUCGCGAGGACGGCCGCGAGCGGCCAGGUCGAAGGCUUCGCGAAGAUGUUCUCCAGCCAGCAGAGCCCGGCAGACCCUUGCUACGACGAAGACCGGCCUCGCCGAUGCAUCCCGGACUUCGUUAACGCGGCUUUCGGCGCGGCCGUGGAGGCGUCCUCGACGUGCGGCAGCGGAGGUCCCACGCGGUACUGCGACGUGCCCGAGGUCCCGGGUGGCACGGGGGUAGGCCAGUGCCACGUUUGCGACGACGGCACCCCGAAACGGCGCUUCCCGGCCAACUACCUCACCGACUUGAACAACCCGAACAACGUGACUUGCUGGCGCAGCGAGCCGCUGGUCUCCUCGCAGAGCUUCUCCGCGCCCCCCGACAACGUCACCCUGACGCUCUCCCUGGGCAAGAAGUACGAGCUGACCUACGUCAGUCUGCAGUUCUGCCCGAAGGCGGCCAAGCCGGACUCCAUCGCCGUCUACAAGUCCAUGGACUACGGCAAGACCUGGCAGCCCUUCCAGUUCUACUCGUCGCAGUGUCGCCGGGUCUACGGGCGACCCAACCGCGCGACCAUCACCAAGGCGAACGAGCAGGAGGCCCGGUGCACCGACAGCCAUCGCUACACCGGCGGGGACGGCCUGGGCCCCGUGGGUCGCAUCGCCUUCAGCACCCUCGAGGGCAGGCCCUCGGCCCCCGACUUCGACAACUCCCCGGUACUCCAGGACUGGGUCACCGCGACGGACAUUCGCGUAGUGUUUAAUAGACUCUACAUGCCGCCCUCCCAGGAGAUGAGCUCUCAGGUUGUCGAAGAGUUGGGCUCCGAGGAGGGACCCAAGAGGGACCGCGACGAGCGGCUCAAGAGCCAGAAGGGGGCCCUGCUCUCCGCGGCCACGGCCCUACCCUCCGUCCACCAGGUGAUCGCCCCCCAGGAGAUGCAGUCCAACGAUGCCCUGGACGUUCAGGAGAUGAGCUUCGUCGCCGCUGCCACCACCCCCGCGCCCGCCCCUGCCCAUCACUACGCCGUCUCCGACUUCGCCGUCGGCGGCAGGUGCAAGUGCAACGGACACGCCUCCAGGUGCAUCCCCGGCAAGGAUGGCGAACUCGUCUGCGACUGCCGGCACAACACCGCCGGGAGAGACUGCGAGCGGUGCAAGCCCUUCCACUUUGACCGACCCUGGGCCAGGGCCACUGCGAGGGACGCCAACGAGUGCAAAGUGUGCAACUGCAACCUGCACGCGCGGCGGUGCAGGUUCAACAUGGAGCUGUACAAGCUGUCGGGGCGCGUGAGCGGCGGCGUUUGCCUGCAGUGCCGACACUUCACGGCGGGAAGACACUGCCACUACUGCAAGGAGGGAUACUACAGGGACCCCGAGCGACCCAUCACGCAUCGCAAGGCCUGCAAACCAUGCGAUUGCCACCCGAUCGGUGCAUCCGGAAAGACAUGCAACCAAAGUACAGGCCAAUGCCCUUGCAAAGACGGAGUGACCGGGACGACUUGCAACCGAUGCGCGAGAGGGUACCAGCAGAGCAGAUCGCACAUCGCACCGUGCAUCAAGAUCCCGAAAGUCGUGCAGACCCAGGGCACCGCUGGCGACGACAGCGGGGAACACGAAGACGACGACGACGAGCGCGGAUACGACGACAGGACCGAUCAGUGUGGGAAGUGCCGAGCCAGCACGCGACGACUCAACCUGAACAAGUACUGCAAGCGAGACUACGCGAUCCUGGGUAAAGUGACGGAGAGGCAGAAGAAAGUCGACGGUCCGCCGACCGGGAGCAGCGCGUCGGGGACGCCCUGGGUGCGAUUCACCAUCUACGUGCAAUUCGUCUACAAGAAGGGCCAGGACUCGAAGCUGCGCCGUGGAUCGACCCCCCUCUACGUGCGUUCCACGGAUCUGGCCUGCAGGUGCCCGAAGAUCAAGCCAAAUAAAGCCUACUUGAUCCUCGGCCAGGAGAGCGACGGCCACGGCUACGGGAGUUUGACAGUGAGUCAAAAGUCGAUCGUGAUCGAGUGGCGCGACGAGUGGCACCGCAGGAUGCGCCGCUUCCACCGGAGGGCGAGAUCCUGCCAUUGAAGAUCCCCGAGUCGCCCCCGUACUCGUCUCGCCGUAGCCCAUCGAUUCGUAACCCGCGUGCGGUACUCGGUACUCGAAUACUCGUACUUAGGACUCGAACCUCGCGCCCGGAAGCUCCCCGCGUGAUAAGCGUGCUCUUAUCUCGCUCGAGUACGAGUACUCUCGUUCAACAUUCGCCAUUCCUACAAACGCAUGUCACGGAGUACCGCGAGCCUGAGAUUCCUAUCGCGUGCACAUACUCAAACGAAUUCAGAGUACUCGUACUCGGGUACUCGAGCUUCCAUAAAAAAAUUCCCAUGAACGAGCACACGUGACAUUGAGUACCGUGAUGCCGAGACUCCUAUCCCGUACGCAUGUACUCCAGCGGGGAAUUCCUGCCAAGGUACUCGUACUCGGGUACUCGUGCUUCCGUUUAAGACUCGCAAUUCGUGUACCCCCAGGCCGAGAUUCAUCUCGCAUGCCUGUACUCCCACUCGCGGCGAAUUCCCGCUCGAGUACUCGUACUCGGGUACUCGUGUCAACGGCCGAGCCGAGCUCGAGCGCACCGCAUUUACGUUUCAAAUUUUGAUUUACACGCAGCAGGCUCGGCUCGCCGUAUUUCACUAGCGUAGAGAACGAGAGCGAGAGAGACGGGGAGAGCCCGAGCGCGCGGGCGCGAGAGAGAAAGACCGAGAGGGGAGAUAAAGAACGAACGGGAGAAAGAGUGCGUGGCUUGUACAAACGUAAGCUCGAGGCGCCCGGAAUAUAUUUAACCGCAGUAUAUUAUCAUCAAACCGUAUCACGCGUGAGUUUACGCGCGCGAGAAACUCCCCGGCAAUUCUCUCCAGGUUCGGCACUCGCUUGGCCAGGCGGAUCGUCUAAAGAUAGAAGUCAAUUCCCCGCGAAUCUGUCUCUCUCCUGCUCCAUAGGAAGUUCGAGGGAGAGAAAGAGAAGCAGAGAGUCGCAUCCUAACGAGGAACGCUUUUCAACGUUUUUCCAGCUCCGAAUCUUAGGAAUCCCGAGGUCACUCCCGAGUACCCGGGACUUAUAUCUCGACACUUAGAAUAAUAUUACAUGAAUUAUCGAGCCUAGACGAUAGAGAAGAGAAAUACCGCCGACCACCGGCGAGUACCUCGCGCGCACCUACGAAGGAGCUACUGUAAAUGGCACGAAGCUUCCCCCUUAAUUUAUUUAUUCCUCGGCCGAUCGCAGCGCGCCGGCUGGGAUUUAUACAUACUCUAAGUACGCGCACGCACUAAAUAUGCAUCCGCAAAAUCGGUUCGUUAAUGUAGAUUUUCUUGUACAUUCUCUAUACACUCUAUGCGUAUAUUAUCCCUGCGAGAGAGGACCCCUCCCCGGCGCUUACGGAAGCCCGAGCCGCGAAGGGAGAGUAGAGGCUAAGGCAUGCGUACGUAUAUCUCUCCGUAGCGUAAUGCGAACUCGUUAAUUGACCCCUCGAAUUGCUCGCCCGGAGUCCGAGGGAAAAGUCUGCGCCGGCGCGGGCGCGACUCGCGCUCUCCAUUAUCUCGAAACACCUCGAGGGGACGCGUACCCUCGAGGAGGCGACGUCGAGGAAGGAUCUACUCGGUGGCGCCCCGAGGAACGACUCGAUAUUGUACAGUGCGAAACAGUAUUAAGAGGCUUAGGGAAACCGAGGAUUCAGAAGCGGCCCCGCCGCAUAGACCUAGAGCUCGGAUGCGGUUCCCCGCUCCCUCGGAAUUACAUACGCGUUAUGAAUAUGAAUCGCGAUGAUUGCGCGAAGAAGCUCGGCCUGAAGACGUCCUGUGCUCGGUCGACGUGCAGACUCCGGCGCGACGUUUCCGUAAUGGGUCCGGGUAGAUGUCGCCGUGUCUGGAAAAUAAAUGAAAAGAAAAAGAAGAAAAGUAAGUCUCACCACGAUGGACGCAAUGUAAUUAUCGCACCGUCGACGCCGACGUAUAUCUAACCUCACCUGGAAUACCAAGGGACGUCUAUUAACUCGCCAAACCGAAGAACCGUGUCCCGCAGCGACGUCGAGAGCUGCGUCCUCCACGUGCGAUUCCUAAGAAUUAUGUAAAUCGGUGAUUACUUGAUUACGAUAACGCUUCUCUCGUUUUUAAGACUUAACUCACCUCGUUAGACCGUGAGACAUGCUUCCCAGGUGUACGCGACGAAGACCUGGCAUUGACGUACCCAGGUAUCCUUGUUCGUCUUCAAGGACUGGACCACGACGAGCACCUUCGUCCAUGUUCCCGACACCGAAGCGUCGAGACGACUGCUGAACACCAUCUGAAAUAAAAAAAAAAAUGAGAUGUAACCAGCGUUAGUCUCCUUCGUCCUCCGAUGUAAUCCCCGAGCGAAUCGCCCGUCGAACUUCACCGUCGACUAAAGUUCCUAACCGAGCACACGUGGGGUCACUCGGACUCCAUCGAAAGACUGGGAGAGGCCUUUCGACCGUUCCGUCGAGGCUUCUCGUGAUUCUCCUCGUAUCGAAGGAACGGAAAGGUCUCUCUGGAGCUCACCACGAAUCUAGAAUUUUUCGACAGGACCUCUCGUCCCUCGCGACCAUGGAUGAGCUUCGCGGGCGAGCCUUUUUUUUACCUUUUACUACUUUACCUUCCAGACUUCCCUCCCUUAGACAGGAAUCGCGGUUUUCCAGCGCACGACGUGUACGCGCCGCAUUUGUUGAGACUAAUUAAGCGACGAGACAUCCGAUCGGGCUCGCCGGUAAUCAGCACGUUGUAUAGUACCUACGGAGUUAAGUUAGCGGUUAAGAGACAAAGAUUAUACAUAUAUAUAUUUACCCGUGAUCAGUAGCGGUAGAGGCUGGGUCAGCCGCCGUAGUGCCCCGACACAUCAUUAAUUAACGAUUAAUCUCGCAUUUUCUAGUAUUGUCCACUUGUAGGGGGUCUCGGUCGAGGCCGUGAUCCUUCGGACGUUAAACAUUGCCGCCACGAGCACCGGAUGGGAUAAUCUCGCAACUUAUACCCGUAGAGAGCGUACCAUGUAAGCGACCUCGCGAUCAGUGUGCUAUUUAUACCUCCAAGAUUGUCUAGU